CACAUGACAAAUGAGUAAAAUUCUCCAGUCUCAGCUGGGAGUCUGAAAAGAUGCAGCGAAGACAGAGCUCUAAGACCCCAAAGCAGCCUCUUCAAGGUCACCAUGAAAAUCAAACUGAUCUCUCUGCGUGGCGAAAAGGAGGGAGAAUUGACCCUGGAAAAAGUGUUCAGAAUAUUCAGUCUCCUAACGAUCAGAAAAAUGACAGCAAGCAAGACUCUCUUGAGCAAGCUUUAAGCUACUUUGCGAAAGUUCAAGAUCGUGUUUCACUGAAAAACAACAGUGUUCUGCAGAAACACUUGACUACUGUGGAAAGUAUUGCCCUGCAAAGAGGGUUACCCCCUGAAGGAUUUGAUGUAUUGCUAAACGUGGCACUAAGUGGCAAACUUGCUGAUACAGUGAAUACUCGUUUAUUGAAGAGUCUGGUUCCGGCCUCAGUAAUACCAGAAACUUCCGUGAUUUCAUCUGUAUCUUGGCUCUGUGUCAGCAAAUGCUCAGGCAACAUCCAGCUGCUUUUUUUAAGAUGGCUGAUCACAGUGUUUGACUUCAUUGAUCGCAAGGAACAACUUCAUGCCCUCUAUGGUUUCUUCUUUUCCUUCCUGCAAGAUGAGAAGAUGUGCCCCUAUGUCUGCCACCUACUCUACCUGCUGACCAGGAAAGAAAGUGUCAAGCCGUUUCGGAUUAGGAGACUGCUAGACCUCCAAGCAAAAAUGGGAAUGCAGUCUCAUCUGCAGGCUCUGCUAUCACUUUACAAACUCUUCUGUCCUGAGCUGGUGACCAUAACCCUUCCUGGGAAAAUGAAGACUUACUUCAAGAGUUCAGAGGGCCCAUGGAAAGCAGCAAUCAACACAGUAAGGCGAAGAAACCAGGAAAACUCUCUAGUGUCCCAGCCACUGUUUUUAGGCACAGCUCAACCUCAGUCACGAAAAAGGAAAUGGAAUACCCAGUUGAUUAUACCUGCAAGCAGUACAAACAAAAAUAAUUUAGAAGAGAACAGGGAAAAGAACCAUGUUGAUUUGUACAGUACGAGUGAGUCUUUUCCAGUGGAGCAGCUGCAGACGUUUCCUCAGCUCCUACAAAAUAUCCACUGUCUAGAGUUUCCUUCCCAGAUGGGUUCAGUGCUAACAAACCCUUUAUUGCUUCACUACAUGAAUUGCAUCAAAGAUGAAUCUGUUUACCUGAGGCUCUACUAUUGGAUGGGCCAGACUCUUCAGGAAGAAUGCACCUGGUGUGUGGCUGAUAAUAACCAAUAUGAAGAGGAGUUCAAGGACUUCCUGGAAACUGUCUACAAGACAGAGUGUUUCUUGCAGGAGGGAUUUUCUUCCUGUGAAGAGUUCCUGUAUAAGAGCCUUCCUCUCUGGGAUGGCUUCUGCUGUCGAUCACAAAUCCUCAAACUUGUGAGUUGGAUCCCCCUCAGCAGCUCCUCUGAAAUGAAGUCACAUCUCUAUGAUCCCCUGGCACAGCUCUUUUUCACAUCGUCCCUUUACUUUAAGUGCAGUGUUCUUGAGACUCUGAAAGAGCUGUUGCAGAACUGGUUAAAUUGGCACAUGAUUCAUUUGGAUUCAGAGUUUGAGUCUGAAGUCUAUUCCUUGAAUACCACUCUUUCUGGACUAGUGAACGUGGUGGCUGAACUGAUCCACUUUGUUGGAUGGAUCUCUACUGUUGCACUGCGUUUGGAAAACAAUGCUACUUUCUUGCUGUACUUCAUCCUGGAUUUCUAUGAGACCGUGUGCGACAUGUAUCUGAGGUACAAUCUGCCUUUGUUGAUAAUGCCUCCUGCUGGAGUUUUCUACCCUGCACUUCUCAGCAUGGAUUCUGUCAGCUUGAAUCAGCUCUGCUACAUUAUGUACAGGUAUCGAACCAACUUGGUGGCUGCAAAAGAAAAUGAGCUGAGUAAAAAGAAAACACUGCAAUUCAAGUUCAGUAGCCAGAUAUAUCAAGAGUACAACCAGUACAUAAUAGCUAUGGUGGGUUGUCUGUGGACAUCCAGGGCAUUCCAGAAGGAUAUUCAUCCUCAAGGUCUUCGUAUGGAUGAUGAACUGCUAAAGAAAACCGCAGUGCAGGAAUUCAGAACCAGCUUUAACAUUGUCUACCACCCAGCCAUGAUGGGCUAUGCUGUCCUCUUCCUGCAGCAGGCUUGGCCAGAUGAUACCACCUUUGACUUGAGUUUAAUUAAGAGAGACAAAGCUAUGUCCAACUGGUAUCUGGAAUACCUCUAUGCACAAGGUUUGAAGGGCCUGAAGGUCUUUAUUGAAAGCAGCAUCAAUCGUGUUUCCCAGGCCUCUCACAGUAAAGCAGGGAAUGUACAAGUGUGA